AUGGUCAACGAUACAGUGAAAAUCGCUAUCGUCGUUGCCUCCCCAAUAAUAUUCUUCACCCUCCUCUUUCUCUCAGCCUACCUAUACCGUCGUCAUCGCACCCCUUUCAGAAAAGGAUCAUUCCGACGUAAAUCCCAACGUCAAUCCACAGAGUUACCCUGUACUUCCACAGAUAAGGGGUUAGUAAGGGAUCCCACCAAGGAAGAAACGAGAUUCCCUCAUUGCCAUCUAUGUUGGGAAGAUCAUCGAUCACAUAACAUCCAUGAUCGUCAAUCACCUAUUCCUGAUCCGAUGGACAGCCAGAAUACUUUGGUUAAUAACAGUAAAAUCCAAAUCAACGUCGAACCCGAUUCACACGAUCGAUCAGUACCAAAUUCAAUUGGCGAUCAGUUUAAGAUUGCGCAACCGCAUUUUGAGGAAAAACGGCUUUCAAUCCGAAGUAUAUCCAUUAAUCCCCUGGCCCCCGAUGAAUAUACAAGAGUGAAUUCCUUCUGUUCAAGCUUAAACCAAAAUGCCAAGACAUCUUCCGAGCUGCGUCCUCAGCGUGCUUCCCAUGGGGGGAUGGUAGAUCAUUUGGAACCUGGUAGUAUCGAUCUCGGCAAACAACGAUCUUCAUCGUCUCUAUGUAUACCUGAUAAAGUUUCUAUGAGGCGCAUUAAUGUAGGUGGGGAAGAAGAUACACUCAACAUCCCUAAAGGCUGCACUUUGGAUGAUGAUUGGGAGGAUAUACCAAUUCGACGAUCUUUUACUGAAAAUCAACGAGACACAUCCCAAGAAUUACCUACAAUCGUAACUUCCUUCAGUCCCCUUUCUUAUCGAACCCCGAUCGCCUCAGAUAAAAGUGGCCAAGGAGAAGAGUCAGGAGAGGAUUUACCUUCACCUCAUCCCUUCUCUGCUGCCUCCUUACGACGAAGUUCAUUCAUCUCUCAACCUCCUAUGCAAUUCCCCAUCCCCCACAUAAAGCUUCCUGAGAAAGUAAUACAAAAAGAAAGGCAAAACAGACCUGGAUCAUUGAAUAUACCUAGUCAUACGACCUCCUCUCCAUCCCAGUUUAUUUCCCUAUCAGGAAUAACCUAUGUGGAUGGCAAUGGAGGAAGAAGUGAUUCGCAGAGCUUGAAUAUGGCUGUAAGAUCAGCAAGUUCAACUCAAGCUAUCAAAUCUUGUGUUACCCCCUUGCCGAAAUUAUCUGUGGAUACCUGUAGUUCAUUUGGACAUGAUCCCGCUGACGGAACACAAUUGCAGAGAGCAAAAUAUUUCGAAGAUGGAUGGAAUGGCUUUGCAGAUCAGGACCGAGCCUGUACUCCGAGAGGCAAAGAAGGAACUCGUGGGAGGUUGAUACCCAAGAUUGAAAUUCCAGUCUCACCUACUACGCCCACUACUUAUAUAACCAACGACCUACCUGCAUCAAUUAUGGAUCAAGCUGGAGAAGGAAGUAAGGUGGCACAAAGUCAAGUGCAAGGUGAUAGCAAGCGCAACGAUACAUCAGCUGAUCUCAAAUUGAGCAAUGAUAAGCCGAACUAUCAUAAACGUACACCCAGUCAGCUGACAAUAUCUUCUCCUAAUCAGACACCGAAUAAUCAUAAAAAGGCCCCAAGUAAUGCCAGUUGUGUGACUUACCUAUCGGAUGUGGUCAAAGAGAAAGAAGAGGAAGAAGAAAUACAGAGAAGAAGUGUAUACUCGACGCCGGAGGAAUUGUACACUCCUGAAGGUGGUUUGGCAGGGAAAAGAAGCAAUUGGACGGAGCAAAAUGGUAAAGUGAAGAUCUGUCCGCUAAGUAGGAGUAGGGACAGACCUGCAUCAAAUGGGAUACAGAGCGCUCUGGCGACGGGUUUGGGGGUGGGGAUGGUAGUAGGUAUGAGCCAAGGUGAGAUGCAUUAG